CUUGUCCUUCCCCUACCACCGUCUACUCAUCCACAACAUGUCUGUCGAGACCGCGACCGCUGCAGAUUGGCCCGGACGCUACUACCAUGUCGACCAGAUCCUCGACAAGCCGGGGCCCAGGACGGAUCCGGACUUUAUGGCGGGCGAGGGGGUGAAGGACUUUCUGCGGACGAAGGCGAAGAUUUUGGUCAUUGGCGCGGGAGGGCUGGGGUGCGAGAUCCUCGCGAACCUCGCGCUCACGGGCUUCAAGGACAUCCAUGUCAUUGACAUGGACACGAUCGAUAUAUCGAACUUGAACAGGCAGUUCUUGUUUCGCCCGAAGGACGUAGGGAAGCCCAAAGCGACGGUCGCGGCUGAGUUUAUCAUGAAGCGCGUCCCGGGAUGUGUGGUCACCCCCUACUUUGGCAAAAUCCAGGACAAGGACGACGACUACUACAUGCAGUUCAACCUUGUCAUCUGCGGCCUCGACUCCGUCGAAGCUCGCCGGUGGAUCAAUGCCACCCUUGUCAACCUCGUCGACCCAGAGAACCCGGAGAGCCUGAAGCCGCUAAUUGACGGCGGAACUGAGGGCUUCAAGGGCCAGGCGCGUGUGAUCCUGCCCACGAUCACCUCUUGCUACGAGUGCUCGCUCGAUAUGCUCAACCGGCCAACCGCCUUCCCCAUCUGCACCAUCGCGAACACGCCGCGUCUGCCCGAGCACUGCAUAGAAUGGGCUUCCGUACUCGAGUGGCCUCGCGUGCAUGGGGACAAGAAGCUCGACACGGACGAUCCUGAGCACAUUGGCUGGCUGUACUCCGUCGCUGCAGCGCGCGCGAAGGAGUUCAAGAUCGAGGGUGUCACUUGGUCGCUCACACAGGGUGUCGUGAAGAACAUCAUCCCUGCCAUCGCAUCGACGAACGCUAUCAUCGCUGCCGCCUGCUGCAACGAAGCCUUCAAGAUCGCCACCAGCUCCGCCGCCUACCUCAACAAUUACUUCAUGCUCAUCGGCACCGACGGCGUCUACUCCUACACCUUCGAGCAUAACCGGCGACCUGAAUGCCCCGUCUGCGGCGGCGAGUCCCUGGACAUCAGCGUCAACAAGGACAUGACUGUGGAGAAGCUGAUCGAGAUGUUGGUGGAGAGGCAGGAUGUCCAAAUCAAGAAACCCUCGCUAUCCACGGCCACGACGAAGAUCUACCUUCAGGCGCCACCACAGCUGGAGGAGGCAACGAGGCCGAAUCUGGAGAAGAAGCUGUCGGAUUUGGUCCAGAAUGGAGACCAGAUCACCGUGACCGCGAGCUCGUUGCCGUUCGACUUGACGCUGAGGAUUACCUAUACAUCAUGAGGGAUUACCUGCACUUCGUAGAAUUCUUUUCCUCGUCAUGUUCUUGCUAUCGCUGUAACAUCUUCAUACUGACCGAAUGCACAAUGUAUAAUCAUCCAAUGGUAGAUCGCCGGUGUGCCAGUGAAGAGGACAACGAGCGACAAGUGGAGUCCCUAAUAGACCUGCGCAUGCCAUCGAGCCCUCCGAUCGCUCUACCGAUAAAUCACACAAACCCUCCCAAAAUCCCCAUCCUCACCCGUACCCCCGCC